AUGAGAUCUUUCAUAAAAUCUCAUCGCAAGUCCGACUCGUUGGGCAGCAGUCCAUCUAAAAACUACAGCGAUCAGGAACUUGAAGAUCUUUCAAAUGAAAACACUGUCAGUGGCGUACAGAGCCACCAAAACAAGCGGCCAGGACUGGAUAAGCAAGCCUCACCUUCCCUGAGCUUCGACUCGUUCCAUAAGCUCACCAACAAAAAUAAGUUAUUCUCGUCUCGCAUAUUCAAAAAACCGGGCUACAACAGUAGCCCGAAACCGGGAGAGUCGGUCACAACGCCCACAUCACCAUUCGUGCAAUCCUUCCGAAAUUUAUCUUCUCCCGAGAAUCCUCAAUACUCAAAGCCAACGAGGCAAGCGGUGUCGGUUCCAUAUUCGCAGUCAGACAAUGAGUUUACUCCAACUAUCAAAGGAACCCGGAUGCACGAGUGGGGUGUGAGUACCAAGGAAAGAUCGCAAUCUGUUAUAGUUCUGAAUCGGAACUCCACCUCAUCUGAAACAUCAUCGGAAUUAAUUGAUGGUGGACUUGGAAGCAAUAUCAAAUAUAAAACGGGCUCCAUAAGUUCUGCCACCUCAAGCUUAAUAGAAGAGAGCUAUCGUACUGGCUAUGAUGUUCAACGCGGGAAAUUGGAGGAUUUGAGUGAAUUACAAGAGAAACAUCCAUAUUUCGGCCUGAGGUCGAGAAGCAAAAAGGCACAGAAUCGAAAAGCCCAGAUUCAUUCUCACGAAGACCUCAUUAGUAUGGGAAAGGACUCAUCUCUAGAUUUGGCCUCAUUCUCUAAAAAGUUGGAACUGUCGACUAAAUCACAUCCCGACGUCACCUUACUACCUCACGCCGAACUUGCGUCAGCACAGCCCCCAGAUGCUUCAGCAAACUAUCUGGGGCUCGGAAUAAAGAGCACUGGACCAUUUCAAGAUGAUGUAUCGAAUAACUCUGAGGCAAGAGCGAAUAGCAUGAUUAGUAACGGCAGAUCUUUCGAGGAAGGAGACGAGAUUGCUGCUCGGAGUAAGGACCCUGAGAACGAAGAAAGUGAUGUACAAAGUUUUUCAAAUACGGACCGUGGAUUGGAAGAGCAGACUGUCUCGAGCUCCGAUUAUUCUGGUGAUGAAUCUUCCGAGGCCUCAUCAAAGUUUUCUUUUGAAGCUGCUGGGGUCAAUGGGCGAACUGCAUCGGUUAAAUACUACUCUAGGCCGACACCCAAAGAACAAGUUUAUGUUGAUGAUCUCUACGGAGACGAAGAGUUUGAUGAAGAUUUGAACUGCUUUGAUGAUGAUGAUAUUGAAGAUGAAUUAGAUUAUCAAGAACCACAAGAGCAGCACCACAUAUACCAAGACAACAGCGAAAACAAAUCUACAGAUAAUGAUGCGGAUGAAAGCUUUUGUACUAAUGAUAAAGGAAAGGAUUCGGCGGUCGGCCGUCCAUUAAAGGGUUAUAAUGAUUUGUUCGACCUGUCAGAUGAUGAAGUGCAGAGUAUGCAGUCAACAGGUGACUUUGGCUCUGCAGAAAGUCCACCAGACGGCGGACUUGAUGAAAGUAUUCCAUAUUCGAAAAACCAAAACGUCAAAAACUACAGCCAGAUGUUUGAUCUGAGCGACGAAGACAGUGAACAGUGCCAUACUACACACCAGUCCGACGGAAGCAAUUCAAAAAGGGUGGAGAAUGCACAUGCUUCAUCAGAAAACUCAGGUCCACUUUCAGGUAUGAUAAGAGAAGUAGACCAAGCUGAUGACUCACUUACCGGUGACACAACCGCAAGUCCCUCUACCAGGAUUUCAAAUGCUAAUAUACAACAACCAGCGCUUCAAGCACCUUUCAAUUGCAGCCUUGAGGGAACUCACAAUAAAUCGUCACCUUGCUUUCCACCACCACUUUCCAGAUCUGGUGUGCUAAAGUAUCAUGAUCUUAACACGAAUCUAGACUAUGAAGUUCCCCGUGCUUCUAGUGACCUUUACUUCAUAGAUGAAGGCGAAGAAGACAAAUAUAAUCGGAGAAAGCAACCGGAUGAUCACUACCUUGACGAAAUUAACAACCUUCCUGAAGAUUACAAUUUCUCCGAUGACGAGGGAUAUCUUAUGGCAACCUCAAGGUCCCCGGGCCUCAACAAAACUACUAAUUCAUUCAAAGCAACGCAUAGCUUUGCUCAGAAACCAAGCGCAGCGGUAAGGGAGUGCCAACCAGCAAAUUACAAAUUGGAGCUCAAAGACAAAGUGGUUACCUUUUUUCACAGUCCAGUAAAUGAAUUAGAAAUUAAUCCUUUGAGCCAGGUUUCAAUUUUGGAAAGCGAUGUUCUGUUAGCAUCUCCAGUUGAAGACUGGCAAAAAGGUCCAUCAGAUUCUGUUAUUUCUCCGAUAACCCCUUCCAAUUCACUCAGCCGGCCUAGUCCGUACUUUAGCCAAGGAAACUCUUUAAGCCCUAUUCAAGAAUCCCAUGCUUCAGCUGAUAGCACUCCCAACCUUCAGUAG